GGAUACCAUACCAUUUUUUCUCCAUUACUAACAAGCGAUUAAUAAAGUUCCACGCUUUUACAGAUAAUAUAGUUUUGUGAAGAUGAGGGACAAGGAUCUUGCACACAUUGAAGAACAUAUGAAAGCUUAUGCAUCUAAGGGGGGCGACGUUUCUUGGCAAAUCCAUGAUGACCGGUCUCUCUUGGCCCUCCAGGGACCAGUUGCAGCCACAGUCCUUCAACAUUUGACAAAGGGAGAAGAUUUAAGCAAGAUGUACUGUGGCAACUUCAAGGUUUUAGAUAUCAAUGGGGGGUCUCAUGCUUCCUCACAAGAACCGGGUACACGGGGGAAGACGGGUUUGAAGUUUCCGUACCUUCGGAACAUGCAGUCGACCUUGCGAAAGCCAUUCUAGAAAGAUCCGAAGGGAAGGUGAGGCUAACAGGGGUGGGUGCCCGAGACAGCCUCAGGGCUUGAAGCCGGCCUCUGCUUAUACGGCAAUGACAUGAACGAACACAUAACGCCCGUUGAGGCCGGGCUUACGUGGGCCAUAGGAAAGAGACGACGGGCCGAAGGAGGCUUCCUCGGGGCUGAGGUGAUCCUGAAACAAGUUGAAGAAGGCCCAAAAAUCAGAAGAGUGGUUGGGCAUCGUGUCCUCCGGCCCACCAGCAAGAACCCACAGUGAGAUCCAAGAAGAGAAAGGGCUGGAAAACGUUGGGGAAAUCACCAGCGGCGAUGGGGUAUAUGUGAAAUCCGGUUUGCACAAAGCGGGCACCAAUGUGAAGAUUUUGGUUCGCGGGAAGUCCUAUGAUGGUGUAGUUACUAAAAUGCCCUUCGUCCCGACCAAGUACUAUAGGCCCUCAUCUUGAUCAUUCCCCCCUAUCCAUAAUUCUUUUCCCCCCCAUUGUCUUAUAGUGCUCUCUUAUGAAAAUGAACAAAGCCUAAGCCUAAGACCCUUCCCUUUGUGUCUCCAUUU